UUAAUAACAUUGGUUAUCUGUUAUCAUGUUGUAUAAUUUUAGUUCAAAUAAAGGAUGAGUAAUUUCUUUGAGCAUUGCGAGUGGAUGCAUAAGAAGUAUGACGAGAAUGUACUUGUUUAUAGGGAUUGUAUUCUUAACAUUGAGAAAUUUAUAGAGUAUUGUAAGUUAAACCCAAAUGUGAGAGGUAUUUCAGGUGGUGUUUUGUCGAUCAGAGGAGUAUCGGGCACCGAAUUUGGUUGGUGGUCCUUCAGAUGAGGGUCCAUAUGAUGUGAUUGUGUUGACGGAGAGAGCGUCUCGUGUUAUCAAUAACUCUUUUCACGUGUAGUUUGAUCCGCAAGGGAGUUGCUGGGAAGAUCUAACUCCAGAGACGUUGAGUUUCUACUAGGAGGAGUUUAUGCAGUUUUUUGUAGUGGUACCCAAACAUUGAUCUUUAAGGUACGAAGGAGAAUUUAGCGAUGGAGGAAUAGAAAAAAAAGGAUAAUCUUGAGACGCUACCACCGGCUAUGACAUGGAGAUGAAGAGCAACAUAAACGAAGCCAAAGCUCAAAAAAUCUAGUAUCCAAGGUUGUUUUCAAGGGUACAGUCUUCAAGUCCAUAAUUGUUUUUCAAUUUCCUCUUUGUUUAUGUGAAGAUUUUGCUUUUAUUGUUCAAUUUGAGUAUUAAGAUGAUUGCUUAAGGUCUUGAACAGACAUGAAAUUAUCUUUAAUCCUGUUGUUUAAUUUAUGAUUUUCCUUUUACUGUGAGAUAUAUGCAGUGUGCCAUUGUGCUUGGCAUGCCAGGUUUGGCCAGCGGCUCCCUAGGGAAGUUUUGGGGGUAAAUUUCAGUAAUGGUACCUGAACUUUCACUGGAAUUUCGAAGUGGUACCUGAACUUUAAAUCCUUUCACAAAAAUACCUGAACUUACAUAAUCCUUUCACUAAAAGUCCAUUUACCCGUUUACAGGGAAUUUGAUUUUCCACUUUACCGUACAUUGCUGUGGAAAAUUAUUUACCUCUUUUAAUUUUCUCGAAAUACACGUAUAUGGAUUUUGUUGAGACUUAUGGUAUUGCUAUUGGAGUAAUUGAAGAAUAAUUGAAUAAAGGACCUUUUCAGCAGCAAAAGGAAUUCAAAAUUUGCUGAAAUACGAGGAGGAAUUCAAAGAGUAGUUUUGAAUUUUGAAGAGAUAUUAUUAGGAAGAGGAAAUGAAGGAGUCGAGUGAGAAGAAUUGCGUGGACUCGCAGCUAUGGCAUGCUUGUGUAGGUGGGAUGGUGCAAAUGCCUCCAGUGAACUCAAAUGUCUUCUACUUCCCUCAAGGCCAUGCGGAGCACGCACUUUCCAGUGUUGAUUUUUCAAUGUUGCCUAAAGUUCCAGCCCUGAUUCUCUGCAGAGUUGAUGCCGUGAAAUAUUUGUCUGACCUUGAGACCGAUGAAGUUUUUGCUAAGAUCAGGCUGGUUCCAAUUGGGAACAACAAUGACCGGGACCUCGAUGAUGCAGUGAAAGGAAGAAGCAGUUUGUCUGAGGCAUCUAAUAAACCAACUUCCUUUGCUAAGACAUUGACGCAAUCCGAUGCCAACAAUGAAGGUGGGUUUUUAGUACCAAGGUACUGCGCGGAGACUAUCUUUCCAAGGUUGGAUUAUGCCGCUGAUCCUCAGUGGGGGGCUGGCGGGGUGGGACUGGGAGUGGGGUGGGGUGAGGAAGAAGAAGAAGAAGAAGAAGAAAGGGGGUGAAAGAAGAGGAAAAAGAAGGGAGUGGGAGGGGCAAGAAGAAGAAGAAAAAAAGAAAUGCGGUCAAAUUGAAAAUUUUAAAAUAUAUAAAAUUUUAAUUUAGCCCAAAUGACCGGAAGUUAACCUGGAAACGGGUAAAUGGACUUUUAGUGAAAGGAUUAUGUAAGUUCGGGUAUUUUUGUGAAAGGAUUUAAAGUUCAGAUACCACUUCGAAAUUCUAGUGAAAGUUCAGGUACCAUUACUGAAAUUUAUCCGAAGUUUUGGUGUUGCUUUUGUUUGGUGGGUGACUCGGGGUACUAUGUUUGGGCUAUCUAGCGUGCUUCCGGGUGAAGAGUAUUACUAUAAUAAGAAGAAACCUUAAUUACUUAUUUCGGUAAAAUGAGUAGAGAAAUGGUUUAUCAAUGAGUUUAAACAUGUUUCACUUAUUUUGAGUAAGUCCUCUGCACCCAAGGCAUUCCAUUUCAACACUUUUAAAAGUGUUUUGAUUUACACUCCAAGAUGUCAAUUUCAUUUGCUGCCGUAUUAGGAAAUAAGUCAUUGAAGCUUUUUAGUUUUCUCUAUAUGUAGAGAUGUAACUUAUUGUGUUUCUUCAAAUUGACUUUUAAUCUCCAAGGCUAAUAUAAAUUGGAGCAGUUAGGUUGAAUCUAUAAUAUGUUGUAUUCUGUAUUGAAUAAUUGAUAUGUUCCACAAGCUGGGUACAUUGUAUGAUGGGCAUCCUAUUGUUCACCUUUGAAGAAGACAUUGAAGAAGACUUUUGAAAACAUAGGAUGACAUUGUCAUCCUAUGUUUUUCCAUCAUCUCCGAUGGAGCCAAAAAUUCACCAUUUUUUGAUUUUGGGGUGUGAUGGAAUAAAUCAAAAUGGAUCUCUAAACUGUCUGCGCUUCUUUAAUUAAUGAAGUAGCAGUUAGUCAAGCAAUGCAACUUUCGACGUUGAGCCGGGGGUUUCUUUGGAAACAGUCUCUCUACUUUCGAGUGGGGGUAAGGUCUGUGUACACACACCCUCCCCAGACCCUACUCUUGUGGGAUUUAAAUGGGUUGUUGUUGUUGUUGUUGCUCUUUUAAGUUUUUAUUUACAAGUAAGAUCUUUAAUUGAGAAUAUAGUAAGGAUGUAUGCUUCUUGAAAAUAAGGAUUUGUUUGGAGAUUAUAUCAAAGGAGCACACUUUGGCCAAGAGGGUAUUCUUUUUUCUUCAACCAGCAUGCCCAGAAAGUGUAAAUGAAUGUUGGAAGGGGAAACGUACAACAAUAGUUUGUGGGCAUAUUUCUACUUCAUGGGAAGGAUAUGUAGACUGAAGUGGGGUAACUAUGGUAGUUGUAUGCUGCUAUGAUAUAUGGAGAACAAGGGAGAUUAUUGCAUAGGAAGCAGCCGGUAUGGUCAACAUUAUGGUCAUACUUCAAACAAAAAUAUUUACUAAAUGUAAAAGUAGUUUGAGCCUUUUUCGAUGCAAUUUGUUUGAUGUGUAGUUUUUCUGGUUGUAGUGUAUUCUUGCAAGUUUAAUUUUGUAUACUGAUAAUUUGUUAUACUUGGUUGAUUCUAUUUAAAUGCAUGUUUUCUCUACUCAAAAGACAAAAUAGUUGUUAUUAGUACUCGAAUAAACUCUUUAACUUAAA